AUGGCGGCCAAGAAGAGCAUGAAGGAGUCUCGUGGUAGAAAGUGGAGUGAGGAUGAACUUAAGGAGUCUGCAUCUGUUCUCGCAGACGAUCGAACUGAAUUUGCAUUAACUUUGGAGACUCUUGCACUCAAAAAGUCAGCGACAGUUUUUCACCCAGAUGACAUCUGGGUGAAAAACUGUCGCUCAAGAAAAGGACUUAAACAGUGCCUAGGAGGUCUGAAAUGCAGUCAGCAGAAUACAGACAAAAACAAGAGGACGCUAAAGGUAAGCUUCAAAACGAUAUUCAAUGUACAUUUUGCUAAUUUAGUGAGCAAAGAACAUUUCUCCAUACAACGUCUUAUAAUUUUCUUGCUGUAUGAAUAAUUAAUUAGCUAAGUAGGAUAAUGUUGUUCAGGGCUAUCAUAGUGAGCUUGGGCUACCUGUGAUGCCACGUGAGAAGAAGCAGGUGUUAAAUUCAAGUUCCUCCUCAGCAGAAGCAAGUUCUGGGGCCCGUUUCUCGAAAGUCAGGAUAAUUAACGGGCCCGGUAAGCUGUCUCCUUUUACAUUAAAGAUCGAGGUUUCAAUAGUUUUGCAUCUAACUCGAUAAAACUGUCAGUUAAUGAAACAAAAUGGAGUAGUUUGCUAGCCAGGACCCGCGCCCUUAUUCUUUAUAUUUUGAUUUGAAUAUUUGAUUUCGGGCCCGUAAAGUUACCGGGACUUUCGAGAAACGGGCCCCUGAACACUUGUCAGAGGAUGAGAGUGACGAAGAAUUUAAGUAAUGAUCCAGGUAAGAAGGGAAGCAACUUGUUUUGUUGUGGCGCAAUACGCUUUCCUCACAUAGAAAUGUUUUCAUUUUUACAAAAAUCUACAAAAAGGCAGUUUACGAAAGAAAAUGUAUUUAAACUCCACUUUUAAAGGGUGUAUUUUUGUGUUAAAACAUUUCGACCACUCACAAGAGUUGCAAACAAUGGCCAAGAAAUGUUCACAGUUUUACAUGAUCCGCACAUACGAUUUCUGUGUUACUUAGACUCAGACGAGAUUUUGUUAUAACAAAGUUGGAUAGAAAAAAGAGAUUAAUAUACAUGCUGCUUUGCGAAAAUUUCGAAAAAUUUGAUGUUUAAACCAAUCAGAACCAUAGUAGAGACAAUAGUAAAGUUAACACCUUUUUGCAUUCCGACGUGUUCACUGCGUUUUGGUCCUUUCCUUCUUAUCUGGACCAUUACUUAACGGGUAAAUUAGAAUAUAAUGGUUUCAUAUUUUCUCAGAAUUUUAAAGGAAUCAUUUAACACACACACUUUUAACCAAUGCAGGGUCAGUCAGAAACAGGCCUACAACACACUGUACAUACACACCCGUAUAUGGUCAUGUCAGUGUACGUGAUUUUAAUAUAAAAGUAUGCUGAAUGUUUAUAGGUCAGUGCUUCAGCUUAAUUUGCCUCACUGUAUUGAAACCUGACUUAAAGUACAGUUAAAAUUGCAGUUUUCCUGAACCUAAAAAAGGUGUUUUUCAAUUUUUUGAUCAGAGUCGAAUGUCAACCAACUGAUGCAGACCAUGAAGGGAUUUCCAUUGAGGAAGAUGAAGUUGUUUUAAAGAAGGCAUCCAAGAAGGACAAGAAGGAGGUACAGAAAUCAAGUGUCUCUGUUCGGCCCAGAAAACGUAAAAUAACUUCACAGAAAGAUGCCAUCAGCCAAUUAUCUACAACUUUUGAGAAUCUUCAAAAAGCACAAGAUAAACGAAUCCAAACUUGGCUAGAGGCAGAUCAGAGAAGGGAGGAAGCAUUUCUUAACUAUCAGGAAAAACAGGCAGAACUCAACCGACAACAUGAACUGCGUAUGAUGGAGAUAAUGGCCCGUUUUCAGCAGCCUGUGCAACCAUACCAAAAUGCUUGGGUGAUGCAUGAACCAGCAUUUCCAAGUGCCUAUUAUGGAGCUAAGAGUCAACAACUACACUACACAAAUUUAGAUAGUUAUAAUCGGUAG